CAAAUAUUCUUACUACCAAACAUAUUUUGAAACGUCUACCUGGAAAGCAUACGAAGAAAGGCAACAAAGAAGAGAAGACAAGCGCAAUUCGAAGAAAACUGCAAAUAAAAACCAAGAACGACAGCGGAUCAUGUUUGUUCCCUUGCCGGUGCCGUUCGUCUUUCAGAGAACUGCUUCCGACUUCAGCGCCUGGCGUCUCAAGUCCCCGCUGGCUCUACGCUCCAGCUCCGAUAUCAGGAUGUCAAAACCAGCAGAGGAUGAGAAGCCUGGGACAGACUUUCCAGGGGAGAGCACAGACUCAGAGAGGAACAGUCCCGAUGCAAAUGAUCAGGUUCAGCCAAUGAAAACGAGUCCCUUCAGUCUUUCUCCUUCCUUGAGCAACACCAAGAGUAAAAGUGAGGCUGGCCCUGAGAUGACCUCCACCCAUGUGCCGCCUCCCUCCCAGCAGCAGACACCUCACCCUCACACACAACUCAUGUUGGCAGGGAGUCAGCUGGCAGGGCUGGCUGCCCUCUUGCCUGCGCAGCAGCAGCUGUUGCUUCAGCAGGCCCAGGCUCAACUCCUGGCAGCUGCCGUGCAGCAGUCCAACGCGGCUCACGCUGCUCAUGCCGCCCACGCAGCAGCCCAAGCCAAUCAGCAGCAGCAGCAACAACAGCAGCAGCAGCAGCAGCUGACCAAACAAGAGCAUGCCCAGCCUCAGCUCACGCUCUCUCAGCCUAUCCAGCUCACCGCCCAGGAUAUCCAGCAACUGUUGCAGCUGCAGCAGUUAGUCCUGAUGCCCGGCCAUCACCUGCAGUCUCCUCAGUUCCUCCUGCCUCAGGCCCAGGGACAACAGGGGCAGCAGGGUUUGCUCUCAACACCAAAUUUAAUUUCGCUACCUCAGCAUCAGCAAAGCCAGGGGAGUCUUCUAACUACUCCACCCAGGCUGGGACUGCAAGCACAGAGGGACAAGAGCGGGGACGGCGGCGUGACCUCCGGGGCCUCGGCCGCCCCCAUGACCUCGGUGACCUCUGGCCCGCACGGCGAGGAGCCAAGUGACCUGGAGGAGCUGGAGCAGUUCGCCCGCACCUUCAAACAGAGACGCAUCAAACUGGGCUUCACACAGGGUGACGUUGGCAUGGCAAUGGGGAAACUGUAUGGGAAUGACUUCAGCCAGACCACCAUCUCUCGCUUCGAGGCCCUCAACCUGAGCUUUAAGAACAUGUGCAAGCUCAAGCCUCUGCUUGAGAAGUGGCUAAACGAUGCAGAGACCAUGGCGAUAGACAACAUGCUUCCCAGCCCCAGCUCUCUCUCCUCCCCCAUGAUGGGGUUUGAGGGCAUGACGGGGCGCCGCAGGAAGAAACGCACCAGCAUUGAGACCAACGUCCGCGUGGCCUUAGAGCGCAACUUCAUCUCGAACCAGAAGCCUAACUCAGAGGAGAUCCUCCUGAUGGGAAAGCAGCUCAACAUGGAGAAGGAGGUGAUCCGGGUCUGGUUCUGCAACCGGCGCCAGAAAGAGAAACGCAUCAACCCCUGCAGUGCCACCCCUCCCCUGCCCAGCCAGUCCUCCCUUGUGACGCACAAACCCCCCUGCUACAACCCACACAUGAUGUCUAGUCAGGGGCUGCACCAGGCUGCCACCAGCCUCAGCACAACCGUGACCAGCCCAUCGCCCUCGGCAACCUGCCCUCUGACCCCCAGUGGCUCUGCAACUAUGAGCUCCGCCCCCUCCUCUGUGACUCCGCCUCCACACAGCACAGCCAGCAACGCCCCUCCCACCCUCAGUGCCCACAGCCUGAACACUGGUUCAUGGUAUGUGACGACAUGUGGUAUGUCAAGCUACCCCACCUGUUUUGCAGCAAAUCUCAGGAACACAAUGAUGGGAGUAAGCACAGGGAUGAACCAGGCUCUCAUCAGCAGCAAUCCCCUGGCCACAAUGCAAGCUCUGGCUGCCAGUGGUGGGCAGCUGCCCAUUUCCAGUCUUGAGGCCGGAGGUCAGAUGAUCCUGGGCGGGGCUGGGGUUCGCCCCUCCCUAUUCCUCAACCGCCACACCCUCCUGCCUAUGGCGUCCCACCAAGCCUGUGUGGGAUUGGUCGGCGGUCCCAGGGGCGACUCUCCGCCCCCCCGCGCCAGCGGCAUGGACGUCGACUCCUGCUCCGCCUCUCCCUGCUCCAGCCCUGCCUCCUUCUGCUCGUUCAGCGAAGCCUCACCGCCGCCGCUUGGUGGGGCCAUGGCCGAGUGACGACGACACAACCCAAAGGUUCCUGUCGGAAGGUGGAGGAGGAAGAGGAGUUUUAGUGGAGCUUUACAGAAACACCUCGCCUUUCAACCAAAGCCAUCUCUCUCUCCCUCCAUUUGUCGCCUUCGCUCUCUCUCCCGGAGUCUUUCAAAGCCAAAAAAUACACAGAUUGAAAGAGGAAGACGAGAGCGAGGAAGAAUGGAGAGGAGGAGAGAACAGGAGAACGGUGGAGAUUUAAACCAAAAAAAAUGAUCUAUCUAUACAGUUGGAGAGGUAGCAUUGUGGAACGUUUUGUCGGCAGUGAAUGCUAAUAUACAUUUACUCCUUUCUAUGGAAAAGAACAAAUGAGCUAAAAACAAACAGCUGAAAGAGGGCAGGGAUGACAACUGAACUAAGACUUUGUGUGAGAGAUGGGUGGCAAGGACAGGAAAGGAAGGACAGACUACAAGCUUCAGUGGAUGGAUGGAAAGAAAACCACAUUUGAAAAAACCUAGAAGGGAAAAACACACAGAGAUAAACAAUGACAAACAUGCCAAAAUCUCCAAAACCGAAAUACCAAAAACUGAAACCAAAAAAAAAAAAAACGGAGAGAAAAGCUUUACUUAAAAGACUUCUGAUUCUGAUCUGUUCAGGAUCAGCACAUCACCCACACUCAAAAGCAUGUAUGAUUUCAUCAUAAUAUU